AUGCCUUUUACUUCACACCGCUACAACGGAUGGCUACCGUCCAGUCGUGCAGUUUACAACAAGUUCAUAAACGAUCUUUUGGAGGAAGCUAAAAGGCGCCAUGAGCAAAAGGCCCAGCAUGUUGCCUCCGUAGAGGAAUUCAAGAAGGACAUCGAGGCAAAUGCCACCAUGGUUGACUUGUUCAAUAAGAGCUUCGUCCAAGCCUCCUCAGAAAAUUUGAUCACCAGCUUCGAGAUUCUGCUACAGGUGCUUGACAUAAUUGUCUCUGGGCCGCCACGGUGUGUGCUAGCGAUCGAAUCUGAUGGGUCAGAGACCCACGAGCCCGUUGGCGUCCCAAUCUACAUUGCGUUGGAUCUUCUUAUCAACACAUCUGCGGGCUAUACACUGUUUAACAUGGGCGAGUUCAAUACCGCAAUAAAAAAGCUCUUGGACAGCUGGGGCCAGUACCUCAUGACGGCUGAUUCCGCCAAGACGCUCACCAAUGAAGUUGGUGGCUGGUUCAGCACACUGGGACUUAGCAUACUCCAAGCGGAUGAGCGUGGUAACUUCGAUGCGACCUACGUCGAACCCGAUCCAAAAGCCGUCAACAAAGGGUACACUUCUUGGGACGCUUUCUUCACCAGGCAGGUCCAACCUUCUGCCCGCCCCGUUGAACCGGCACCCCCAGGCACAGUCAUCUGCAAUGCUUGCGAGUCUACGGUCGAGCGGAUUAGACACAAUGUUCAGAUGCACGACAAGUUCUGGCUUAAGGGCAUGGCGUACUCCUUGUAUGACAUGCUCAAUGGCAGAGAAGAUAUUGCCAAGCAAUUCGUCGGCGGGACAGUAUACCAGGCAUUCCUCGGCCCGAAUGACUAUCAUCGUUGGCAUAGCCCCAUCGCUGGCAAAGUGGUUGAUGUAAUACUCGUCCCCGGUACUUAUUAUGCUGCGUUGCCAGAUGACGGUGAGGACGGCUAUAUGCAAGGCGCGCUGAUUCGUAGCCAACCUUGGCUCACAAUAGCUGCGGCGCGUGCUAUAAUCACUAUCAAGGCCCCAGGUCCAAUAGGCCUCGUUUGCUUCAUUGCAGUUGGAAUGGUGGAGGUGUCGACUUGUGAUAUUCAAGUCAAACCCGGAGAUUCAGUCAGCCCGGGGACCGAGCUCGGGAUGUUCCACUUCGGAGGGUCGUCUCAUGCUGUCAUCUUUGGGCCGCAGGUGAACCUUGCGUACAGGAAUGAAGUCAAGCCGGAAGUUCAUCAAAAGGUAAACAAGAUCCUUGCGGACGUCACCAUCAAGAAUACGAAUUCCAUUGAUUGA